AUGGCUACAGCAACACCACAAAUUACCGGAGAGUCUGUUCAAACGACAUUAGAGGUAUUAGAUAAAGUUGGUGUAAAAGACAACAUCGAAGAAGCAAUUCGGAAUAUUGAUAAAGAUACUCCGGAACAAAGAGAAGAAGAGAAAAGAAUUACCAGGCGCAUUUAUAGAGACUUAGUAGUAGUUUUGGCAACUUCCUUUAUAAUGUAUUUAUUGGAUCAUUCGUUUUCACCGAAUGGGAUUUCAGAAAUAUUUCAACCGUUGUCACCUGCAAGAUUACAAGGCCCAAUUUAUUAUAAUGGAAUAUUAAAAGGGUUCAAUUUAUUAAAGCCAAAAGUUGAAUCUUAUAAUACAUCAGUCAAGAAAUUGGACGCUCAAUUUUCUCAAAUUUUGGGCGCAAUUUCACAAGUCCUGAUCAUUAUCGCAGCUUCAUUCUCCGCCAGUAGUAAUAUAACAUCUCUUAAUGGAAUCUCCGAUAGUGGUAUUGAUACUGCCUUUCCAACUGGACUUGGAGGUUUUAUACAAAUUGAGAAUAAUCAAGUUGAAGAAGAAUCAAUAGCAGUAAAACAUGCCGCCGGAUUUGCUAAAACCACUUUACUGGUAGCAGUUUUAGCUAUAAUUAUGACAUCUAUAAUGAAUGUUAUUAGUUGGAUGAUAGGUAUCUGGAAA